AUCGUGACGUCCACACUUGCGUCUGUGAUAAUAUUUUUCCCAUAUAAGCGAGCUCAGUGAUCGAUGGAAAAUUAGUAGCCACUAAGUGUACGAGUCGCAUUGUCAAUUUUCAACAGAGUGCUGUGGAAAUCGGAACGAAAGUUGGCGAUCCGAGUCGAACGAUAGUAAAGUAUAUUUGCAGUAUAUUAGUCAAGUUGCGGAAACAUUCCAUUUCGUCUACUACCAAGUGAAUUAUAAAAACAUGUCGCACUACGUAAUUGAUCUUCGUUCGGAUACGGUAAGUCAGCCGACAGCGGAAAUGCGCCAAGCCAUGUUUGUGGCUGACGUGGGUGACGACGUUUAUGGAGAGGACCCGACCGUAAAUGCAUUGGAGCAGAAAACGGCUAAGUUGUUCGAAAAGGAGGCAGGUCUGUUCGUGCCCAGUGGCACCAUGGGCAAUUUACUGGCUUGUAUGGUGCACUGUCAUCAGCGUGGCUCGGAAGCAAUUGUGGGUGAUUUAUCUCAUGUCUUCCUCUAUGAACAAGGUAGCGCUGCUCACAUCGCUGGCAUACAAUUAGCCACAAUACCCAACAAAGCGGACGGCACAUUCUGCCUCGAAGCGAUGCGUCGCAAGGUGCGCUUGGAGGACGAUCACGAGCCAAUUACGUCGCUUGUAGUGGUGGAGAACACACACAACAUAUGUGGUGGCAAGGUGAUUCCGCUGGAGUGGCUCGAUAAACUGGCAGCGCUAGUUAAUGGCGAUAAACAGCUGCAACCCUACGGCAAGCGUAUAGCGUUGCACAUGGAUGGGGCGCGCGUCUUUAAUGCGGCCGCAGCGCUGCAGGUGCCUGUGGCGCGUAUUGCGCGCGAUUUCGAUUCGGUUAAUAUUUGUUUGAGCAAAGGGCUGUCGGCGCCGGUGGGCUCAGUGCUGGUGGGAUCGGAGGCUUUCAUUAGGCAGGCGCGCCGCCUACGCAAGGCGCUGGGAGGUGGCAUGCGUCAAGCAGGUAUUCUGGCGGCAGCCGGCAUUGUGGCCUUGGACACCAUUGUGCCGCGUUUGCAGGAGGAUCAUCAGAGGACUCUACGCAUAGCAGAAGCCAUUCACAAAGCCAAAAGUCCCAAUGUCACCGUCGAUUUGGCGACCGUACAAACGAACAUUUUACUGAUUCAUCUGCCGAAUGCGAAAUUCGGCGCCACGGCCUUCGCCGAGCGCUGCAGCAAAGUGACGCCCGAGGAGCUUGCCGCCGGCGUGCAUGCCGCACACAAGGAGCAGGGUAUUAAGCUGGAAGUGAGCUCACGCGAUUGGGAAUUCGCUCGAAUUGUGUUGUACCAUCAGAUCAGCGAUGCGGAUGUCGAUUUGGUAAUCAAGAAAUUCAAUUAUAUAAUACGAGAAGUAGACGCCCGAUUGGCAGCAUAACUGUCAUGUGACAUAAAGGUGAAAUAAAAAAUAUUUUAUUGGAUUUCUUCAAACGUCAUACGAUGCAUGUAUAUAACACAAGUUUCACGUUGGGUGGAUGAUAUUUAUAUUCACUUCACUAAACACACUAGACCACUUUAAAUCAAUCGUUUAUUUACCAAGAAAGUAGAAAUCUUU